AUGCCCAGUAGAAAGAGAGAGUCCCACACUACCCCACAAACAACUGUGGGGUCCAAAACGGCGGCCGCGUUCCGCAAAGCCAAAGAGACCGCCGCCCGGAGACGAGAAAAAAAGAAACGGCUCAACACCGCCGCUACCUCCGUCCCCCUAGCCACCGUUACCGACUCUCCCGCCGCCGCUGACACCGCCGCCGCCGUUACCGCCACUCCCGCCGAACAUACCACCACUGUCGCUUUCACCGUCAACACCGUCACCCCCACCAACACCACCAUCGCCGUCACCAUCCUUGUCGCCGCCACUGUAACCACCGCCACCGUAACCACCGUCGCCAUCUUCACCAAACCCCCUCACACCAUCACCCCAACAUCCGUCACUGCCACCGUGGGAACACAGGACACCGCACGCAUUUCCACGGUGGCCACCCAGACCGAACCCCCCGAAGUUACUAUACUCGAGACCCGGCUCCUCACUGUCCCUCCCCCAACCGUACUCAUCCCAGUCUGCCCCUCAUGCUCCUUCAAUCCCCCGCUAACCCCUGAAACUCCUUUCCUGUAUUUUCCACCAACACCACCAGCAAAGGGGUAA